AUGGCUGAUCGAAGAGACCCCGAGGACGGUGUACGAGCCAAGCGCCAAAAGAUGGACGCCGGAGACCCGAAAGACAACCCUUAUCUCGCCCACAUGUAUGAGGACACCAACGGCGUGGACAAGAACUCGUCCCUGGCCAAGUUCAAGCGCCACCAGACAACGGCUGCGAUGGCCAAGAAGGCCGAAGAUGGCGAGAUUAAUCCCUUCAACGGUCGGCCCUUCUCCAGCAAAUACGUCUCCAUUCUGCACACUCGGCGCGAUCUGCCCGUGCACCAGCAGCGUGAUGAGUUCCUGCAACUCUACCAGCAGUCGCAAAUCCUGGUCUUUGUCGGUGAGACCGGUUCCGGAAAGACCACUCAGAUUCCGCAAUUCGUCCUGUUCGAUGACCUCCCCCAGACCCAGCACAAGAUGAUUGCUUGUACCCAGCCCCGUCGUGUGGCUGCCAUGUCCGUCGCUCAACGUGUCGCAGAGGAAAUGGAUGUCAAGCUCGGAGAAGAAGUCGGUUACAGCAUUCGUUUCGAGGAUAUGACCAGCUCGAAGACCAUCCUGAAGUACAUGACCGAUGGUAUGCUCUUGCGAGAGGCCAUGAACGAUCACGACCUGUCGCGUUACAGCACCAUUAUGCUGGACGAGGCUCACGAGAGAACCAUGGCUACUGAUGUUCUGAUGGGUCUUCUGAAGCAGGUUGUGGUACGUCGGCCGGACUUGAAGAUCAUUAUCAUGUCCGCUACCCUGGAUGCCCAAAAAUUCCAGCGCUACUUCUUGGAUGCGCCACUUCUCGCUGUUCCUGGUCGCACGCACCCCGUCGAAGUCUUUUACACGCCUGAGCCCGAACAGGACUAUGUCGAGGCCGCGAUUCGGACCGUGCUGCAGAUUCACGCCACUGAAGACGAGGGUGACAUCUUGGUGUUCUUGACUGGUGAAGAAGAGAUUGAAGAUGCUGCGCGCAAGAUCUAUAUGGAGGCAGAAGAGAUGGUUCGAGAGGCCGAUGCAGGCCCCCUCAAGGUAUACCCGCUGUACGGCAGUCUUCCUCCCCACAUGCAACAGCGCAUCUUCGAGCCGGCACCACCACCUCGCCGCCCAGGUGGCCGUCCCGGACGCAAAGUCAUCAUUUCCACCAACAUCGCGGAAACAUCUCUUACCAUUGAUGGUAUCGUGUACGUGGUGGACCCCGGAUUCUCCAAGCAGAAGAUCUACAACCCCCGCAUUCGUGUCGAAUCUCUUCUGGUCUCGCCAAUCUCCAAGGCGUCUGCUCAACAGAGAGCCGGUCGUGCCGGUCGUACUCGUCCCGGAAAAUGCUUCCGUCUUUACACCGAGGAGGCUUACAAGAAGGAGUUGAUCGAGUCAACCUACCCCGAGGUUCUUCGUUCCAACUUGUCAUCCACUGUCCUUGAGUUGAAGAAGCUGGGGAUUGAUGAUCUUGUUCACUUCGAUUUGAUGGACCCCCCUGCGCCGGAGACUCUGAUGAGAGCGCUGGAGGAGCUCAACUACCUUGCCUGUCUGGACGACGAUGGCAACCUCACUCAGCUUGGCCGUCUAGCUUCCGAGUUCCCUCUCGACCCAGCCCUCGCGGUCAUGCUUAUCAGCUCACCGGAGUUCUACUGCUCCAACGAGAUUCUGUCCAUCACAGCUUUGCUAUCCGUGCCCCAAGUGUUCGUCCGUCCGGCCUCUCAGCGAAAACGCGCGGACGAGAUGAAGAAUCUUUUCUCCCAUCAGGACGGUGAUCAACUGACCCUGCUGAACGUCUACCACGCUUUCAAGAGCCCUGAAGCGCAGGCGAAUCUUAAACAGUGGUGCCACGACCACUUCCUCAACUUGCGAUCGCUUCAGUCAGCGGACAACGUCCGGAAGCAACUCCUCCGCAUCAUGGAGCGCGAGGAAAUCGAGAUGAUCUCAACUCCUUUCGACGACAAGAAGUACUACGAGAACAUCCGCCGCGCCCUCUGCGCUGGCUUCUUCAUGCAGAUUGCCAAGAAGGAUGCUCAAGGCAAGAGCGUCUACACUACCAUCAAGGACAACCAAAGUGUUCUCCUGCACCCGUCUACUGUGCUGGCUCACGACGCCGAAUGGGUCCUUUAUAACGAAUUUGUCCUCACUACGAAGAACUAUAUCCGUACCGUGACAGCAGUCAAGCCCGAGUGGCUCUUGGACAUUGCUCCUACAUACUACGACAUUUCUACCUUCCCCAAGGGCGAUAUUCGCUCAGCUCUCAUGCGGGCCGCGGAACGACUUGCUCGCAAGGAAAAGAUGCGCGCCGAGAAGCGCCGCUAG